AUGCCUGCACCUCAAGCUCAACGCCAACCGAUUCCUCCUCAAUCACCAGGCCAGCCGAUUACGAUGACUCCUCCUGUUCAAGCCCAACCGAUGGGUGUCCCUGGAUCAAUGGACCCCACAGCUGUAGCAGCCUUGGGACAACAAUACCGCGACCAACUUUUCGCCCAGUGCGCAAUCGGGAACCACGAAAGGACGACGACCUAUGGGGUUUGUGGGAUCAUAACUGCCAUUGUGUGCUUCCCAUGUGGUUUAAUUUGCCUCUUCACCGAUACUGAGGAGAACACCGUACCGAGGCCCAUUAGCCCUGAUAAACCUCGACUUUCACGACUAGGGCGACCCACAAUCUUCUAUAACCUGUUGAUGUCUGGAAAAGAACGAGAAGCAAUUGGAAUGAACGACCAGCUCCCUCCUCCCUAUGUACCCUACGGACCCAUUGUCGACGCCCCACCACCCCAACAAAUACCUGUGCCAACACCUGCUCAAUCCCAAGAGCCUCCAAUGCCUCAAGCUCAAGCGCCAACGCCUCCUAUACCUCCUCAACAGCAAGACCGGCCAAGUACGAUGACUCCUCCCGUUCAAACCCAACCGACAGCAACCCCUGGCCCCAUGGACCCCGCAUCGUUAGCAGCCUUAGGACGACAAUACCGUGACCAACUUUUUGCUCAGUGUGCAAUCGGAAACCACGAAAGGACGACUACCUAUGGGGUUUGCGGGAUUGUCACGGCGAUUUUCUGCUUCCCGUGUGGCUUGAUAUGCCUCUUCAAUGACGUCGAGGAGAAGUGCGCGCGUUGCGGCGUCAAUUUGGAGAAGAAAUGA